UUCCUCACCAUCCAGGCGAGGGCUCUGCCUUGAACAUUGCCAAGUGACGUAGGACCUGUGGGGCUAGAGGCCCCUCAACACUUCCUGUGUGGGGUGCAGAAACGGGCUGCUCUCCCAGUCUCAGGUGUCUGCUUCAGAAAAUGAAGUGAUAAACUGAUUCAUCUCCGCCAUCUUAGUAGAAAACUUUCCGGUGAGAGAAGCAUGCCGUCGGGGGCUCUCUGGAGGGUUCUGGGCCUCUGCCUCCUCUCGGUUGGCGCUUGGGGGCAGGAAGACAGCGACAAUACUGAUAAUGAUGCACAACUGCAAUAUGAAGUCUCCAUCUCAAGAAGCACAGUCACGGUGACGUGCUAUCUGAAUCCGGAAGAACCAAUAGAAUGGAAAAAAGAUAAUAAAGUGAUACCUAAUGAGAAUAAUAGAGAACUAAUAAUAGAGAGCUUUUCAGAAUUGGAGGACAGCGGUUAUUACACCUGCGCUAAGAGCAGCUCAGAAAAAGUGUAUCUGUACCUGAAAGCUAGAGUGUGUGAGAACUGCAUGGAGGUCAACCUGACGGCCGUGGUCACGGUCAUCAUAGUGGACAUCUGCAUCACCCUGGGCCUGCUGGUGCCGGUUUAUUACUGGAGCAAGAACAGAAAGGCCAAGGCCAAGCCUGUGAAACGAGGAACCGGGGCUGGGGGCAGGCCCAGGGGACAGAAAGAGAGGCCACCACCGGUUCCCAACCCGGACUAUGAGCCGAUCCGGAAAGGCCAGCGGGACCUGUACUCCGGCCUCAAUCAGAGAGGAGUCUGACGGCACCAGAGGACCAUGCCCAGGCCCGGCUCUCCUGGGCACCCUGCUACUCUUUGUCCCCCAGACAAGGCCUGGACCCCUCAAAGGAAUUGCUCUUCAGCCUCACGAUGCGUUCACGCCCUGCAACCUCAUCCCUUGCUUGCCUCUUCCUGUCUUCCCCGCUGGCAUCCAGUCGGAGGCUAUUGUGGCUCUGUUGUCCUUUAAAGCAGCACGGCUAGUCAGGCCCUCACACCGGGCCUGCCCUCUUGUCAGUGUAUUUAUUUCUUUUAUUCACUCUCUGCUGACUUUCUUUCCCAGACAUGGAUGUUACUUCUGCCCUUGAUUCCCUCCUUUCCCUCCGUAAAAAUUGCCCCUUAUCCUUAAGUGUCCCAUACAACUCGCUAUUUUUCCAGUUCUCUCUUUUAUAACCUUCUGUGGGGAUGAACUGAGGAAAUGUUGGUAGAGACCCUGCCCAUUCGCAGAUCCUGGCCCAGAGUCCACCCUGAGUCCCCUCCCUGGUAUCCACUGGAGCCACUGAGUGGUCAUUUGUAUUUCAGUGUAUGUACCAGGCUCUCCUCCUCUAACAGAGAAAAACAAUAAAGUGUACUUGGCUGAAA